AUGAGGCAGGGUGAAUCAAUCAUUAAUCAUUUUGGUCGAGUAAUAACGGUUGCAAACGACAUGACGAAUUAUGGAGAAGAUGUGGAUGAUGUCAAUAUCGUUGAGAAGAUUUUGAGAACCCUCACUAAUAAGUGGGACUAUAUUGUUUGUUCCAUUGUGGAAACCAAAUACAUAUAUCAACUAUCUGUGGAUGCCUUGCAAAGUUCUCUGCUCGUUCAUGAGCAAAAGUUCAAAGUAAGUGGAGAAGAUGAACAUGAUUUGAAGGUAAUUCAUGAAGAGAGCUAUGGUGGAAAAGGGCGAGGAAGAUCUACUUUCCAAGGAGGUCGGGGACAAGGUAUACGCAGGGGUAGCCAACCGAGGAGUAAGGAAACAAUUGAGUGUUGUAAGUGUCAUAAGCUUGGACACUUCCAAUACGAGUGUCAAGCAAACUAUAUUGGUUUGAAGGAAUCAGAAGAGAUGGUGCUAGUGGCGUAUGUAGACACGCUUGGAGACGAUCGAGAUUUUGUGUGGUAUAUUGACUAUGGGUGCAACAAUCACAUGUGUGGUGAUUCUUAA